AUGGCGAUAGAAGAGUCUUGUGAUGCGACCGAUAUUAUGGUGAGAACUACCUCACAGCAGGCCCAACAAGCAGCAGCAUCAGUUGCAGUCGCUGCCGCGGCCUUCGUCAAGCAGCCUGCACAGUACACGGCCACAUACCAGCCCACUUCAACAGCUUACCAGACUACCUACCCCCAACCAGCUGCUGCACAGACUACAAUAGCUGCUCAACCUACAACACAAGCCAAACAGACUAAUUCUACCACAACAUAUUCAGGAUACGAGGCUGCCCUGUAUUUAGCAGUUACCAUGUAUGUAGCCCAACAGUCAGGCACUGCCCAACAGAAAGCUGUCGGCUGGCAAAACUACAAGAAACCAGGUAUCGGUGCCAAAACUGCAAGACCAAAGGCACCCCCAAAACCUUAACAGUUGCACUAUUGCGAUGUUUGUAAAAUCAGUUGUGCUGGUCCCCAGACUUACAGAGAACAUUUAGAAGGACAAAAACACAAGAAACGAGAAGCAGCCACUAAAAAGGCAGCCUCUGUUGCUGUUACUACUCAAAACCGUGCUGGGAACUCUCUAAGAUGUCAGCUAUGUGAUGUAACUUGCACAGGUAAUGAUGCUUAUGCUGCCCACAUCCAUGGGGCGAAACAUCACAAGGGGGUAUUGCUACACACCAAACUAGGGAAGCAUAUACCUCCUCAAGAACCAGAAGUGCUUGGAGGAUCCAAGAAAUCAAUUUAUUCCACUCCUAAAAUCAACUUUGUAGCAUCAGGAGGCUUGGGGGUCGCUGCUGGCAAUGGACAUGCAUCAAAGGAUGAAGAUGAUAUAACAGAACCAGAUCAGAUGGUUGCGUGUUCAAAUCACGUCGGGGUCAUUAAUGUUCCGUUGGCGGUUUACGGAAACAAUUAUGAAAUUAAAAAACGAAAACCACAUGUGAAUUUACCAUGA